UCACACCUAUCACUUGAGAAAAUGCAGAUGGAAAUCGUCUCUCUGUUCUUGCCCUUUUGCUUCUUCUUAUCUUGUUUCUUGAUCUUUAAUACGGCAAGAUUUCAACGGAGAUCUUCCCAAGCUGCCACGCUGCCUCCUGGACCUCCAAGGUUACCGAUUAUAGGAAACAUUCACCAAGUCGGUGAACACCCACACCGCUCAUUCGCGGACCUCUCUAAAACAUAUGGACCAAUCAUGAGUCUAAAGCUUGGAAGUUUAAACACAGUGAUCGUAACUUCACCAGAAGCUGCUAGAGAGGUUCUAAGAACACACGACCAAAUCUUGUCUGCCCGUAACUCCCCUAACUCGAUUCGGUCCAUCAAUCACCACAAAGUUUCCGUUGCCUGGAUGGAUCCUUCGUCGACUCGUUGGAGACUGUUGAGAAAACUAUCGGCGACUCAUCUGUUCUCCCCGCAGCGUAUUGAAUCCACUAAGGCUCUGCGGAUGAAGAAGGUGCAAGAGCUUAUGAGCUUCAUGGAUGAAAGCAGCGAGAGAGAAGAAGCUGUUGAUAUUUCUCGAGCAUCUUUCAUCACAACUCUUAAUAUCAUAUCGAACAUUCUAUUUUCGGUUGAUCUCGGUAGCUACGGCUCGAAAAAUUCAAAUGGAUUUCAGGACUCAGUGAUUGGAGCCAUGGAAGCUGCUGGGAGUCCAGAUCUUGCUAACUUCUUCCCGUUUCUUGGGUUUCUUGACCUGCAAGGUAAUAGGAAGAAGAUGAAGCUUUGUACAGAGAGGUUGUUUAAGGUUUUCCGAGGGUUCAUUGAUGCUAAAACCGCGGAAAAAUCAUUGCGGGAUAAUCCAAAAGAUGUCUCAUACAGAGAUUUUGUUGAUGCGCUUCUCGAUCUCACCCUAGGGGAUGAAGCAGAACUCAACAUUAACGAUAUUGAACACCUUCUCUUGGAUAUGUUUAUAGCAGGCACGGAUACAAGCUCAAGUACCCUAGAGUGGGCAAUGGCAGAGUUACUUAAUAACCCUAAAACGAUGGCCAAAGCUCAAGCCGAGAUAGAACGUAUGGUAGGCCAAAACGGUGUCGUUCAAGAGCCUGAUAUAACAGAAUUGACAUAUCUACAAGCGGUUGUGAAAGAAACUCUCCGUUUGCACCCACCUGUUCCUCUUCUCCUCCCACGAAAAGCGGAAACCGAUGUAGAAGUUUUUGGAUUCCUUGUGCCGAAAGACACUCAAGUUUUGGUGGACGUGUGGGCUAUAGGACGAGACCCUAACGUGUGGGAGAAUCCAAACGUGUUCGAGCCAGAGAGGUUUUUGGGAAAAGAGAUUGAUGUGAAAGGUAGAGAUUAUGAGCUUACACCGUUUGGGGCUGGACGGAGAAUUUGCCCGGGAUUGCCUUUGGCUACGAAGAUAGUGUCUCUUAUGCUUGCUUCUCUUCUUCAUUCUUUUGACUGGAAGCUUCCAAACGGCGCUGUUUCGGACAUGGAUGAGACUUUUGGUGUUACCUUGCACAAGACCAAUCCGUUACAUGCCGCUCCCAUAAAAAAACGUGCCAUUAAUUAACCAUUUGAAAUAGUUUUUUUUUGUUGGGUUAAUAAUGUUGAUAUGUAUUCGAAAAAUAAAGUUAUUUUAUAAUAUUUUUCUUUUUAUUGUAUGAAAGAAUGAAUAAUAAUUUCACAC